GUUACCUCUGAGGGGGUGUUUCAUCUGCUCAGUAUUUCCUUUUUAUUUGUGAGGAGACUUGAUUGCCUCAAGCAUGAUGCGAAAAUACUUUAUUUUUCUACUGUUUAUUUGGACCUCAUGCCCUUUUGCCUCAGGAAACACAACAAAUCACCUUCAAUUCUCGCUGGGAUGUCAAGCUGUGAUACCGUGUCAACAAUACGGAAGUGAUUCAAACUCUUUCUACUGGUUUUACAAGAAAGAUGAACGUAGCAAACAAAUUCAGUUAUAUUUUAAAGAUAAGAACGGAAUCGAACACCAUCACCAGCUCCGAUCCAGAAUGAAGGUGCCGCGCAAUGGUUCCUUGGUCAUUGAUCAUUUCACAGAGAAUGAUCAAGGCCUUUACUGGUGUGAAUAUUGUUUUCCAAACCAUUGUGGGAAUAAACCGACAACAGUCAUCAGCGUGAAGAAAGAAAGUCUGAAUGAAACUCGUAAGAUAUUCUACGUUAUUGCAGGCAGCAGUUUUACUCAUGCAUUUCCGGGUGAAUUGACUAACUUAAAAUGGACAUUUGAAGCAAGUAACAACUCGAAACAAGGCCCAGAAUCAGACUUUAGGACUUCCAACAAGUCUGUACACAUUGCAAAUGUCAAAAGAGCAGAUGCUGGGAAAUACACUUGCUGGAAACAUGGAUGUGACGGACACAGGCAGAAGCUAUUUACCAUCAACUUGUGUGUCAUUACGGUACACGACAGUGAGGAUUCACCUGUUUCUUGUGUUGUGAUGUGUGACGAGGAAUUCAGUAACAUCAAACCAAACAGCACAUUAAAUGUGGAGACAGGCACAAGGACGAUAUCAGUGCUUGUAGCUCCAAAUGGGUCUUUAAAUUGCAGUGCAAAGCAGAUGUUUGAUGGAUACAGUACAGUUAACAGCACUCACAGACCAUCAAAUGCUUCAAACAAAACAACAGAUAUACCUACAGAGCCUGAAUAUCCGAUUGCAGUUAUUUAUGGAACAUCAGCAGCUCUUACAUGUCUUAUUUUAAUGGCACUUUUCAUUUGCUACUUCAGACCAAGAUUGCGGGCAGCGUUUCCUGUUCACUUUUGUGUCUGUGGCUUCAACGGCACGGUGGAAGAGGAGAAAGACGUGGUUUAUUCAUCAAUUAUCAUCACGGGACCUGCGAAGACAACAAACAAUCAUAUGACUUACAGUGACAGUAGUUGUGUCUAUAGUGAAAUAAAAGUAAAUAGAGAAAAGGUUCCAAAUUAAGAUGUUCCAUACAUGCCACUAUAAUAAUAGCUCACUUGUAUUUCAUGAGAAAAAAUGUUUGUGACUUCACCCACGUGGGUCUGAAGGGGAAUUUUCAAGCAUUUGGUUGAUUUGUUUGAUUAGGAAGUUUCCUAACUGGGUGAAAUCCAAGCAGCAGUCAUAAUGAGAGCUGAUUUAAUACUACACAAUUAAAAAAGUAAUUUAUUAGUUACUUUCCUUUUUUUCAAACACAGGAACAUCCUUUCCAUAAUUCCUCACUCCAACAUGACUGAUAAUUUCAAGCCAAAAUAUUUAUACAGUAUAUUAGUCGAGAGAACUUUAAUGAGAAACUUCUGGUUUGAUACUAAUGACUGAUAAUGUGUUUUAUGGAGAACAAAAAUAUCACUUGUGUCUUUAGAUACUGUAGCUACAGUGCAUAAAGUGGAAAGUAAACUAACAGUCCUACAUUCAUGCAUGUAUUGUAUAUCAGUACAAUAUUGUACUUUACUUGAGUAUUUAUAUUGCUAGCCAGGGAGAUAUAGGCCUCUGUAAUCUACCCUUUUACUUCACUACAUGAAGUAGGCUAGUUAAAAUCCUCUCCAUCUACAACAAUUGGCCUAUUGUGGCUUGCAUGCUAAUGAGUAAUCAGCAUCAGUAAUAAUAAAGCAAUGAUAGGCUAUAAUAGUUUAACAGUACGAAGAGUACUUUGAUACUUUCAGCACAUUUUGUAUUUACCUCUGCACUUUUAGGAAAUGUUCUGUAUGCAGCACUUUUAUAUGGAAUGGUAAUAAAGUACUUUU